AGUUAAUGGUAAAUAAUAGUAAUGCUUGGGAAAAGAAAGCUGAAGCAUUUCUCGAACGUGCUGAAAUGCUGCUUAAAAGGAAUCUUGACACUAAUUUCCCGGUAAAUAAUAAAAAGGUGUUUAAUAACACAGACCUUGAACAUUAUUUUCAGGAAGAAUUAUUAGAAAUUGCAUAUAAAGUAUCAAAUAUUUUCCCACACAUAAAUAUUAAAGACGAUUUAGAAAAUUGGCAACACGAAGUUGCUAAGCUAUUAUUAAUUAGUGCCAAAAUACCAAAACUGGUUGCUUUGCCAUCAUUACAAUUAUUAUGCAUUUGUAACGACAUUACAAUUUUUAAUAGAGAAUCAACUUCAUCAUCGUUCAGACAGGCUAUUAAAUUAAUUAAACAACGUGGUAUGGAGAACACUUUAUCUGAACAGUUUGUUAAUGAAAUUUUGGAAAGUCUCAGAUUCAAUAAUUUGAAACAUGCGCGAAUGUUGUUUGUAAAUCGUUGUCUUGGUAUUACAUCACUCACUCCUACAAUUCGUCAACAUUUUUAUGAACUACUUUUUGAACAUAACCCUUUUAUUCUUGCAAGUCCCGUUAUACGGCAUAUUUUCCUCGCAGAAUAUGAAAAGUAUAAAGAAGAAAAGCAUCAAAAUGUAUUUUUUGACUUACUCAAAACUCCGCAUGAAGCUUUUGAAACAGCAUUGUCAUGUGAUAUCAUUCAAAAAACAUUUUUCAUGCAGUAUAAUUUAACUGAAUUGCAUGAUAAUUUUUCUAGCGCCGUUGAUUCACUGUAUAACAAUAAUAUGGAACCAUUACAAACUAUAUCUGCUAUUGCUUUCUUGAAAGAAUACGUGCGUAUUAUAUGCGAUGCAAACAUGACCACCCUGAAACAACAA